AUGGAAGGAGCCACGCAGCGACCGUCAAUUGAUGAUGCACCGAGAGUAAAGUGUGUCGCCUGCAGCGACAGCGAGGAUGGGCUGAUCGCCGCGCAAAGGUCUGUAGGCAACGGCCUGCAUGAAAGCCUGGCAUCUAACUACUUCAAAAGUGCCCAGUGGUCACCGGAUGGAACUACGAUCAUCACCAACUCGGCAGAUAACCAUUUACGAUCAUUUAUUCUGCCCCCGGAUCUUCUAGAGGGCCGGGAUAGACCCCAUGUUCUUCAACCCUACCAUGCCAUUCCCUCCAAGGAACCCAUAUAUUCCGUGGCAAUAUACCCAUUCUAUGAGUUGCAAGACCCUUCAACAACCUGCCUACUUUCUGGUGUUAGAGACCACCCAAUCAGGCUGAAUUCUGCCCUGUACCCUAGUCUCCUAGGGUCAUACAGCCUCAUAUCACCCACAACGGAGGCUUUUAUAACACCUCAUUCCCUUAUCUACCCUUCCACCCUUGGAGGCACGCAUUUCCUGGCCGGAAGUGACAGCAUGAUUUGCUUGUUUGACAUAUCGCGACCAGGAAAAGAGGGACCGGUUUCCAGGCUACCCACGAUCCCGAGCAAGCGAAGGAAGUUGGUAGGAGGGGGCGUGGGUAUGAAAGGGAUUAUCUCAGCGAUGUCAAUUGACGCUGGCGGCAGUAGGAUUCUUGCUGCAGGUACAUUCACCAGGCAGGUCGGGCUCUACGGAGAUAACGGGGCCGGUGAUACCAUCGCCACCUUUAGCAUUGCAGAUACGGUUGCUGACAAGGUUAUUGGCGGUAAUGGUGUGACGCAGGUGCUCUGGAGCCCUUGCGGCCGAUACCUAUAUGUUUUGGAGAGGAAGAGCGAUGGAGCAUUGGUUUACGAUAUUAGGGUGACAGGACGGCUCGUGGGAUGGCUUAAAGGCAGGGGAGCAGCUACAAAUCAAAGACUGGACGCUGGGCUUAUUAGAAUUAACGAGUCCUCAGAACUCUGGGCUGGCGGAAUAGACGGCGUGGUUCGUAUGUGGAAGCACCCGUGCCACGCAGGGUUAGCAGGCUUACGCCCAACAUGGGAGGAGAAGCUCCACCAUGGCAAGUUUGAUCCAAUAACAAGUGCAGCGGUUCAUCCAGCGGGUGGCAUCCUGGCUACAUGCUCGGGACAAAAGCAGUAUGCCUCUUUCUCUGAUGAUAACGCUAAUGAAGUCGUGUCUGUGGGUCGAACUGGGUGUCAAAUAGAUAAUAGCCUAAAAAUAUGGGAGUUGACAUGA